UAGAUAAUUCUCGAAAUUAGAAAAUCUUUAACAAAGAUUAGACAUCGGAUGCUUCAAAACAAAAACAGCUCUUAAGAAAUUCCAAACAAAAUAAGAUAAGGUGCUAUUUCCACAGAAAUAAACAUAUUUGGUUAUUUUGUUGCUGAAUAGUAAAGAGAUCACUAUUUUGCCAACAAUGGGGAAAAUAGUUUUAAAAACGAUUAUUGUGAUUAUUGUAUCUUUCAACAUUAGUUUUUGCUUUAAAAUGAUGACCACUAGGGUAAAAUAUGAAAAACAAUUUCAAUGGACAGUAGGAAAUUUAGAUGAGUUACCAGAAGUAUUGGAAAGCAUGCCUUUCUAUCCAAUUGAAAACAAUCCUUCAAAAUGGAUUAUGGGUUUCAACAGCGGAUCCAGCAAAUACUACAGAGCAUUUAUGGAAAUUUACCUUAAAAGUUUGGAUUUCAAAGAUAUCAUCAGUCAAAGACAAGAUAUUAAAGUAAAUGGCACUAUAACAUUCAGGAAUUCCACUCACCAUAGUAUUGCUGAAAAAAUCUUUAAAGAAAGUGUUAUAACUCCAAGUGUACAAGUUACUCUUCUUCGUGCGAAUAUUGGAGAUUUGUUCGGAAUACAUUUUGUGUCAGAUUUGUUUAAAAAGCUCAAUAAUAUUUUAAUAUUGGACUUUUCAAUGACAAUUAUUGCUCCACUAACAGUUUUUACAAAUCCUGUAUGAACGCAUUUUUUGUUUAGAAAAAUGCAUCAGUACUUGUUUGCUUUAACAAUUAGAGUAUUUUGUGAAAAUUCAUCUUCAGACUUCAAAGAUAUCAUCAGUCAAAGACAAGAUAUUAAGGUAAAUGGCACUAUAACAUUCAGGAAUUCCACUCACCAUAAUAUUGCUGAAAAAAUCUUUAAAGAAAGUGUUAUAACUCAAAAUGUGCUAAAUACUCUUUUUUUAGCGAAUAUUGGAGAUUUGUUUGAAAUAUAUUUUAUGUCAGAUUUA